AUUUCGGGCCGAAGCUGCCCUUGAUCAUAAAUCAAAAAUACUGGAUUCUUAUUCGAAAAUGAAAGAUGCUGGGUUGCUCUUAGAUUUUAAAAUUGUAAUUAAAAAUACAUCAUUUCCAGUUCAUCGCAGUUUAUUGGCUGCAGGAUCGGAUUAUUUUCAAGCCAUGUUUCUUCAUGAUAAAAAGGUUGUUGAGCAAGGUGUCGUGGAAAUCAAAAAGGUUGGCGCUGAACCUAUGAGCCGAUGCAUAGAGUUCUUAUACACAGGAGAUACAGACAUAAACAAUGAAAAUUGUCAGGAUAUUCUCCAUGUAUCAAGCAUUCUGCAAAUUGACGCUUUGAAAAAACUUUGUUUCCGUUUCCUGCAAACCAAUUUGUCUCCAGAAAACUGUUUAGUCGUUGCUCAUUUGGCAGAGAUUUACAAUGACCUUCAUGCAAGAACUACGGCAAAGAAAAUGGUAGUUGAUGAAUUCGAGGUAAUAGUGACUGCGGAUUUGUUCCCCUCCAUCAGUUCAACAGACCUUAUCUAUUACUUGGAUAAAAGCAGAGGGGAUUCAGGAGUAUCUUGGUCGGCUACCACAACUUGGAUCAGAACCAACCGGGGCCGAGACACACAGGAUCUCAUCAAAGUCUUGGAUGAAUCACUAAAGGUCAUGAAAUUGCCUAUUUCGUUUCUACUGGCGACUGUUCUGGAUGACGAUAUUUUUGACAACCGUACGAUGAGAAAUUUAGUCUCAAAACAUGUAUUUAUGGAAACAGAAAACUUGAAAGAAAAUAUCACAGCGAGCAAUUGUAUCAAAUUGAAAACUUUGGCUAAAGAAUUUCUUGGCAUUGACGGGAAGCCACUAGAGCUUAUCAAUCAAUUCAUUGUCGACAAUAUUGAGGAAGUUUCCAAGUUCGCUGGUUACGAAGCUUCCAGCGAAGACACGGUUGCAGAAUUGGAAGCAAAGAUGAAUAACUGCAUUUCUGAUAGAGUCAAGUAUGAACUACUUUUGACUUGGACACGUUUUAAAGGCGAGCGACGCACACAUUUUUCUCGUUUGUUUAAAUUGAUCAAGCUUAAUGAGCUUCCGAUCAAAUUUAUUCAACAAAAAAUUGAAAAUGAAAAGUUGGUUGAACAAUCUCCGAGUUGCAGUGCAUUGCUGGGCUUAUGCUUAAGUCCCAACGAUGAAGACUCCGAUAGUGAUGAUGAUAUCCGUUAUCCUACAUACGGUGUGGACGAAUUAAUCGAUGAUGAUGAGUUCAAGUUCGUAUCAGAAGAAGAUUUGAAAAUAUAUUUGAAAUCGUAUACGCCACUUUCGCAAAAGAAAUGGGAAGCAAUGAAACGUUGGAUGGAAAAUAAAGACAAUGCAAACACAUUGUUCAAAGAUUUACUGACUAUAAUGGAACCUCCAUUUGAGUUUCUUCUCAAAAUAGUUGUGGAAGAUCCGUUUUUUGAGAACGAGAAUGCACUAAAGGAAAUUGCUCUUAGUCUUAUUUUCUCUUCAAUUUCAGAAGUUGGAGAAUUAUGUGACAAAAUUGAUUUGGAAAAUUGCUUCAUCCUGAAAACUCUCAACACCCAGUAUAAUAAAGUCAAUCACAAUCUUUGGAAUUCAGAGAUUGAGAGGUUUCUGACGACCCAUGCACCACUUGUUCUAAAAAGAAAAGAGAUAUUGGAUUUCAGUAAGGAUGAAAUCGAAAAUCUAAUACGAGUGACAGAGUGCAGUGCAGACUUUAAGGCUGAAGCAUUGCUAAAAUGGGUGAAGCAAAAGUCAGAAAGAUUGGAUUUGCUACCAGGCCUUUUAAAACUUAUCAAUCUACGACUUCUUACAUCACCUACCGUUCGAUUGUUGCAGUCGGAUCCCACCAUUAGUCAAUCAGAAGACUCUCGUGAAAUUUUGCAUAAGUUGGGGUCCAAAGGUUCGAUAACUAAGAACAAUUCAAUCCUGGACGAGACAAUACAAGAUUUAUUUGUGGUAGAUUUAUCAUCAGGCAUGGGAUAUACCUGUGAUCUCUCGAGUGCAGAGACUUUUGUAUUGUCGCAAACUACGAAGAUUUUCCCUAUAAAUAUAAUCAAUAUGGGUGAAAACGUAUACGGAAUAAAUUUUAAGAGCGUUCUUAAACUAAAUAGGGAAGGAAAUUGGGAAUGCUUGUCGCUUAUCCCAGAAACCAUCCGACGUUGUUUCUUGGAGGAAUUCAUUUGUGGUCCAAACAAAAUAAUUGCUUUCAAGGAUUGCUUAGCUUUCUUUAUGGGCUCUAAACUAACGAUGUAUAAUCCUUUCAAGGACGGAUGGUCAGAUACAUUACCCGGAUGCGACUUGAAAUCAAAAUUUUGUGUCGCCGCAUCAGAUGAAAGCAUUUUUGCAUUUAAUGGCCAGACGAGAAGAGCAAAACGAUUUGACGCGACAGCAAGUAAAUGGUCAGAUAUUGCUAAAAUGCCAACGGAGCAGGUUUUGGCGUCUUGUGCUGUUUUACAUAAUAUGGUUUUUGUUGUCGGAGGAGCUUUUGGAAGCUGGUUUGAACAAUAUGUCGGACCGAGAGAUAUAGUUCAGUGCUAUAAUCCAAAAUCUGAUUGCUGGACUAGAAUCUCAAACAUGUGUCAGCCACCAAUAUUUCUUAGCACUUGUGUGGUCAACAACAAAUUAUAUGUCACGGGAGGAAAGAAGGACGGAGGUUUCUCAAUUCAACUAUAUGACGAAGAGAAUAAUCAAUGGGAAGUGGUUCGAGAACUUGAAACUACGAAACAAUAUUUUUCCGCAUGUGCCAUUCCAAGGGGAUUUCUGUCCUUCGACUACCGUCAAUGUUUCACUUUUGAAGAAAGCCUUGGUUUACUAGAUCGCGUUAAUGCUGAAUUUGAUAGAAAAACCAAAGAAAAAUAUUAUAUUAAGCAGAUUAUUCCGCUAUCUGGCGGAGAAAUGAAUCUACUGGGAUGUCGACUUAUUUUCCCUCCUUCAGCAUUGGAUGAAGAAACUGAAGUAAUUUUAGCUGUAGACAGUUAUCCUAAGAAUUCGCCUGGUUUUAUGGAGCUGGAAACAUCGGAUAGAAUAUUUAGUCUCGACUUUCCUAUAACACCUGUGAUGAUUUGCAAACCUUCCAUGAAAUUCAACAAACCCGUAAUUGUAGAAAUGGACACAUGUUUCAGCGCUCGAGAAAACAAAACCAUUCCAGUUGAUAUUCAAAUAAGAAAAGUAGACUCCGAUUGGAAAAAGGUCUCUGAAGCAAUUUUAGGCAAUACCAACAAGAUUAGAUUUACAGUUUCACAUUUCUGUGGCAUGGCAGUGACUGUUUCCCCAGAGUUAGUCGACGAUGGAUCGUUUCAUCUCAUUAAUGACGUGUACAUCCAGAAAAUAACCGCUCAAAUCGCUUCAGUGUUUUGCAAAGAUGAGACAACGCAAAGAUCCAUGAAAGAGAUCCUACAAGAGGAAAACUUUGUCAAAUUCAUGGGACCCUCACAUGAAAUUCUCGAAGGUCUGGGUACUCGAGUCAAUCUUCGAUUUGAGUGCACGGAACCAGAGCAAACGAGAAUAUCGGAAGGAUGUCCAUCUUCGCAGUUCGAUAUAAACAGACAAAUUUUCAAAACAAGCAAACAUGUGGUUUGUUUCAAACCCAUCCCUCGUCCUCGGGAAUAUACUGGAGUCAUAGAUUCCGAUUACUAUGUAAAAAUAAACGAAGACGCCGAAGCGAGACUAAUGCUGGCCGUAGAAUGGCCGAUUCAAACUAGAGGUACUGGACAUCAACAUAUCGAAUGUCGUCCACACUGGACCGAGAGCAAAUGUGAUGGCAACUGACAAUGCGAGGGUAGAGACCCACAGUACGGGCGAGACCAAUGUUGUCACAUAAAAUUGAUUGGAUUUAUGGAACAUAGAAAAACGACUCUUACUAUAAACCAUAAAAACUGCUUUAUUAACUUUAAUAUCAGAAACAAACACUUUUCAUGGGAUAUUUGGAUCAUACUUUUUUCAACUCUAAUGUCGGACAUGCGCUUUGAUUGCCAUUUAUUGGGUAAUAUUCCAUCGAAACAGAAAAUAUGCAUCAGGGUUAAAAUGCUAGUAAUGUAUAUAUAAGUGUGCGACGGUCAAAUUAAAAUGCUAGGUAUUGUAUUUUUACUAUUAUAAUACAGGGUGUUGAAGGUAAAUAUACAACUUAAAUUUUGAUUUGCUUUUCAGGUACUCAUCAUAUAGCGUUCACUUCUUCAGAAAACAAUAGUUUGGAUAAGUAGUAAAAUUUAGGUAUUGUUUGCAUUUUUCAUCAACCCACUAAAUGACAGGAGAAUAAUCCAAAAAAUUAGGUACAAAAUUCCUCAGAGCGUCCGCUCAUUAGUCUUCCUCAUCUUUCUGCAUCAACUACAGAUCCAGUUUGACGAUGCAUUGCAAAAAUUGUUCGCCUUACUGAUUUACAUGCUUUUUGCCAAACAGCAAUUUUCCAUCUCAUUUCUU